GAUAGCUGCGAGGUGGGAAAAUUCAUUCUAUGGUGUCUCUUCAUACUCGAGACAUAAACAUGAUUUUCAGGAGAAGUUUCUAACUUUACGGAGCACACAACCCGACAGACACUCUUCAGUUUUUCAUUAAUCACCAUCACCAACCGAUUAUUUACAAAGGAGCCGUCCUCAGCGUCCCUGAGUGUGGAGGCUGACCGCCCCUCAGUGGGCACAGAAUACAAACCAACCCUUACUGUGACUUUUAUCUGGGGAUCAGCAGCUCACCUAUUUGUGCAGAAUGAAGAUUGCAGUGGAGGGCUGUUGCCAUGGCGAGCUAGACAAGAUCUACGAGACAAUCGGCUAUUUGGAGAAGAAGGAAGGGGUGAAAGUGGACCUGCUGCUCUGCUGCGGAGACUUCCAAGCAGUGCGAAAUGAGGGAGACAUGAAGUGCAUGGCAGUACCUGCCAAGUACAGGACGAUGCAGACCUUUUACAAAUACUAUUCUGGAGAGAAGAAGGCUCCGGUCCUGACCAUCUUCAUCGGAGGGAACCAUGAGGCUUCCAACCACCUGCAGGAGCUGCCAUAUGGCGGCUGGGUGGCGCCCAACAUCUAUUACCUGGGUUAUGCUGGUGUUGUCCGCUACAAAGGGAUCAGAAUUGGCGGCUUGUCUGGAAUCUUCAAGUCCCGCGACUACAGAAGGGGUCACCAUGAAUUCCCUCCAUACAAUCCUGAUACACUUCGAAGUGUUUACCACAUCCGAAAUAUUGAGGUUUUCAAAUUGAAACAGAUCCAGAUGCCUAUCGACAUUUUUAUGAGCCACGACUGGCCUCGUGGAAUCUACCACUAUGGCAGUACGGGCGAGUUGUUGCGAAAGAAGAAGUUUCUGCGUCAGGAGGUGGAGUCCAACACUCUGGGCAGUCCUGCUGCAGAGGAGCUCCUAGCUUACCUCCAGCCCAGCUACUGGUUCUCUGCUCAUCUGCAUGUCAAAUUUGCUGCUGUUAUGCAGCAUCCGCCCAAAGGUAACGCUGCCCCACGUCUGACCAAAUUCCUGUCGCUGGAUAAAUGUCUGCCCUACAGGGAAUUCUUACAGAUUGUGGAUGUGCCAGACAGACCGGGUUCAUCUGAGGGUCUUGAGUAUGAUCCAGAGUGGCUUGCUAUUCUGAAGGCCACCAACAGUCUGCAGAGGACCACUCCUAACCCCUGGAACCCCCCAGAGAAUAAUGGCCUGCAUGAACGGUGGGACUUCAGACCCUCAGAGGUGGCCAUGAUGCAGGUAGUGGAGGAUCUCAACGGUGACCUCGCCAUUCCAGACAACUUCAGCCAGACUGUGACACCGUAUGACCCCAACAGGCCUCAGCCCCACGCCGCUCCCAGCUGCAGCACCAACCCUCAGACCACUGAGCUCUGUGCCACGUUAGGUCUCACAGACCUCUACGCCUACGCCGGGCAGGGAGGCGGUGAUCUGGGGAGAAUUCAGGGCAGUACUGGAGGAGAGGAGGAUGAUGAAGAUGGAAAUAGUGUGGGAAGUGCAGAUGAGCCCAGCGAGUACCCGACCGACACCUCAGGAUUGUCCAAUUCAUUUAACCCUGAUGAGAUCACAAUAGAGGAUGAGUGGGAGGAAGAGGAGGGAAACGAGGAGGCUGAGGACAGGUCUAACUCAGAGGCAGCAGUAAAGGGAGCUCAGCUCUCUGAUGUACCUGUAGGUGAAGUCCACACCCCCAGCCGCAUGGUUCUGCCUCCGCCCAAAUCUGACGCCUCCCCCAAUCUACUGUCCAAACUGAUGAACCUGCCGCCUCCCUCUCACUCUACGCCAGCAACAGUCCGCACUAACUCUGGAGCAGAAAGGGAAGAACACUGUGAGGAUGAUGUUGAAGAUGCUUCAGCUGUACGUGUCCCAAAACGUACCAGUGACGAGGCCGAGGCUCCUGGCAGCAGAGGCCCGACUCCGAGAAUCAAACGCAGGAACCAGGUCAUCUAUACGGCAGUGGAGGAUGACGAGAGUGAGGGUUAGAGGUCAGGGUGAGAUCAGGCCAAAGGUGAGGACUCACUACAUACCAUCUGUCACAGAGUGAACACUUCAUUAGUUUCACUGAGUUGUAAAACUUAGUAUUCGUUUAAAUAUUUUCUGUCUGCUGCUGACAUGACAGAGCAGGGGUGCAGCAGACAGCAGACGACUAGAGAGGGUUAGUUUCUGGAUUCAGUUUCUACAGAAAGGUUAUAGAUUAUAACCACAAAAAUGUUGUCUCUUUGUUUUAAUAUUAUUUUUAUAUAUUUUAAUUGAACCAAGGGGAUUUUAGGAAACAGAUUUUUGGGUUUUGUGUUAAUUUUUUGGACAUAAUUUCAAGACAACGGCAACGUGAGGAGACUUGUUUUUAAAUGAAUUAAUCACAUCAUACACAGUUGUGCAGCCAGUUGGCAAAAGGAACAAAUGAAUUGUGGCUGUUAAUGUAUUUUCAGGGUUUCUACACAUUUUCCAUUUCAAAGUUCCAGACUUUUCUAAACUCAAAUUUCCAGACUUAUGUAGAUUUUUCAGACACAUGUUUAUUAUGUAAAUAAAUCCAACUGUUAACAUGUCA